AUGAAGAAGCAAAAUGUCCGGACCCUGUCGCUCAUCCUCUGCAUGUUCUCGUACUUGCUGGUCGGCGCUGCGGUGUUUGACGCUCUGGAGUCCGAGUCGGAGAGCUCCCGCAGACGCAUCUUGGAGCAGAAGCGCAGCGAGAUGAAGAAGAAGUACCGCUUCUCCGAGGACGACUACCGAGAAAUCGAGCGAGUGGUGCUGCAAGCUGAGCCUCAUCGUGCCGGGAGACAAUGGAAAUUCGCAGGCUCUUUUUACUUUGCCAUAACAGUCAUCACCACCAUUGGUUAUGGACAUGCAGCACCAGGAACAGACGCAGGAAAGGUCUUCUGCAUGUUUUAUGCUGUGCUGGGCAUUCCUCUCACUUUAGUCAUGUUCCAGAGCCUGGGAGAAAGGAUGAACACAUUCGUCCGCUAUCUCCUACGUAAGGUGAAACAAUGCCUGGGCUUUCGGCACACUGAGGUGUCCAUGGAGAACAUGGUCUUGGUGGGCUUCCUGUCCUGCAUCGGAACGCUGUGUGUGGGAGCUGCAGCUUUCUCCCACUUUGAGGGAUGGAGCUUUUUCCACGCUUACUACUACUGCUUCAUCACACUCACCACCAUUGGCUUCGGGGACUUUGUGGCCCUGCAGAAAAAGGAGGACCUCCAGGAGAAGACGCCCUACGUGGCUUUCAGCUUCAUGUACAUUCUGGUGGGGCUGACGGUCAUCGGGGCCUUUCUAAACUUAGUGGUGCUUCGCUUCCUCACCAUGAACACUGAGGAUGAGAGGAGAGACGCCCAGGAGAGGGCUUCACUGAAGAGGGAUAGAGGCCUUUUAGAUGGGACCCUGGGCCUCCAUGUUGUAGGGGAACAAAGCAGAGCUGACCACCGGGGCAGGAGCAACAUGUUGCACAGUCGGAGCCACAGCACCCUUUUCCUCCCGAUGGAGGAGGGAACAAGCCGCACCAACCUCAUCGCUUCCCCAGUAGAGGAGCAGGAGAGAAGGAGCACGGCUUGCAGACAGAGGCUGCAUUUUCAGAUAAAGGCAGACAGAUGCAGGGCAGAAUCAAGCCUGGGCUCCCUCUGUUCCUGCGUGUGCUACCGCCUGGGAAUUUGUGAUAGUCCCCUUAUGUCACACAGUGAACACCUUGGCUGCCAUAUCAAUUCUGUUUACUACAACUCUAUCUCGUAUAGGAUCCAGGGCUGCUCGCCAAGCUCCAGGGACAAUACUGGACUCUCCUCUCCAGGAAGCACACUCUCACCUGGGCACAGCUUCAGGGAGUUUCCGCGUUUUCGGAGGAAGUCAGUGUAG